GUGUGGUUUUUUUUUUUUUGGUGUGCUGCUGUUCGCUUGUGACCUUUGCACCAUGUCCGCCGCCAGCCCCGAGCCGUCUGUACCGAUCCCCACAUCCCCGGGUCGGGUAUUCUUUCAGACGGCACCCGGUGUGGGCUGCGGGGGUAAUGGCCCGGUGACUCGGGACGACCCGGUGCAGAAGAAGCAGGGUAAAGUCACGGUGAAGUAUGACCGGAAAGAGCUGCGGAAGAGACUCGUGCUGGAGGAGUGGAUUAUUGAGCAGCUGAGCGAGCUGUACGACUGCGAGGAAGAGGAGAUGCCUGAGGUCGAGAUCGACAUUGAUGAUCUUCUGGAGGUGAGCAGCGAGGAUGAGAGAGCUGUAAAAUUACAGGAAUCCCUUACAGACUGCUAUAAGCCUACUGAUGCUUUCGUACAGGAGCUGCUCGGAAGGAUAAGGGGAAUGAGGAAACUCGGUGCGCCACAAAAGAAAAGCCUUUAAGUGCUCACGAAAUGGCAAGGACAAUCCAGUUACACUGACUGCAAGUCUCAAAAUCAAUCAUCCAACCCAUUCUUGGUUCCUCCUAACCACCUCCUUCAUAGUUUGGACUACAAAUCCCAGACGGGACUCAAGUAAAAUUGAUAGCUCGUAGUGUUCACUUAGCACAGCCUACCACAACCUCAAAGGUUUUUAAAAGCCUAUAAUGUUAUUUACGUGACCUUUUUUUUUUUUUAACAAUACAGUCUAAUUUUAUUCUUUUUUUUAAUGUCUCUGAGCUUAUUGUAAGACAUUAGUGUCUGAUUGUAUGUCUGCACCUUUUAAGGUCAAGGGUUUGGAUCCAUCAUUCUUGGAUGAGAUGUUGAGUUUGAGCAUUUUGAGUCGUCUUCCUGGCAUUGAUUGAUCUUACAAUCUAACUAGAAUCAGUGUGUGUAUUUUAUUUUAUUUUUUGUAAUGUGUACCUUGUUAUACACUUUGGAGUCUUGUAGCUAAGCAACCAUGACACAGUAUGUAAAGGGAAUUUUGUAGCUUGCAGUGUAGGUGUAAAAAAAAAAAAACUGACCCAAGAUGAGGCCUAUUUUAUGGCUGAUGUGUAGCUACUGUACUGUAUAGCGAGUGCAUACAACUCGAGCUGUUUUCAACUAGCGUCAUUUGGAUAUUUUUCAGCACCGUAUAUAAAUUCAUUUUAGUCUACACUCAUUUUGUACGUAGUUUGCCAAAUAAUACAAGAGGUGGACUUUGUACAGGGUUAGUCAAAAUUAUGUGAACACUAAUGGGUUGUUAUUCUCCUGAAUGCGUGGUGCGCUGUGACCACUGCUGGCGUAAUUGGGCCCUACUUUUUUGACACCAACGGUGACGUCAGACGUCUACUUACAGAUGGUGCAGCAGUAUGCCAUUGAUGAACUUCCACUACAGAUCCGAUUGGCAAGGUAUUUCCAACAGGAUGGCGCACCGCUGCAUUUUGGCCGUACUGUUCGUGCUUAUCUCGAUCAGGUCGAUGGAUAGGUCGCGGUGAACCAUUGCCAUGGCCUCCACCCUCCCCUGAUUUGACGCCCUGUGAUUUCUGGUUAUGGGGUAUGGUAAAGGAAAGCUUGUAUAGCAGGAAAGUUCGUGAUAUCAAGGACAGAAUAAGGACUGUGGUAUCAUCUAUUCCCUGCUAAAUGUGUAUCUGGGCUUUUAAUGGUACUGUUGCUCGCUGGUUUUUGUGUGUUGAACACGAUGGCGAACAGGCUGAGACGGUCCUGUAAAUCAUCUUGCACAUAUGAUCUAUGUUUUGUGAAUAAAUGGUUUCUACCAUUUAAGUCUCAUCUCAUUAUCUGUAGCCGCUUUAUCCUGUUCUACAGGGUCGCAGGCAAGCUGGAGCCUAUCCCAGCUGACUACGGGCGAAAGGCGGGGUACACCCUGGACAAGUCGCCAGGUCAUCACAGGGUACCAUUUAAGUGUUAACAUAAUUUUGACUAACCCUGUAUAAAGAACCGUGUCUAAGCGAACUUGUGUAACGUUCUCUUCACCUCAUAAACGUCACACUCCUGCUGAGACGAUAUACAAAUUGUCCAGGAACCCGGAAUGAAAUGAUGGUGCUGGUAAUGCUGCCUUUUUAAUUCUUCAGAAGCAGUGGAGAGGUGGUUUUCUACUUGUGUUAAGCUCAGCUCAUUCAUUUUCUCAUCGCCGGAUGAGCGAGAUGUCCUUUGUCCUGAUUUCAGCUCUUCCUGUCUUGUUAUGAUCACUUAGUAGGUGUUUAUUAUUAGUGGACCAGACGGAGCAUCUGGGUGGAUCAGACAAUUUCUUUAUGGGUCAGUUUAAUUAUACGGUGAAUAUUUAAAGGGGUGUGUGUGUGUGUGUGUGUGUGUGUGUGUGUGUGUGUGUGUGUGUGUUUUUAGAUACUCUAGAAUUCUUCAGGGUUUUGGUUUUGCUUAUUAUUCUUUUAAUGACUUCUGUAAACAUUAGAAGAAAAGUCUUUACUUUUGCAUGUUUCAAAUGG